AUGUGUUGGUCAGAUACCAACAUGAAAUUGAGUCAAAGUACAAUGAAAAAAUUAAAAAUAUGGAAAUACAAUAUAACACCUAUUUUAGGUGAUGGUCUGUCAAAUAAUUGUUCAAGUGAGGACACAGUUCAACUUUCAACUGAUAUAAAUUCUUUACAGUGUAAAGUUAAGGAGUGUGUUACUACUUUAAAAGGUGAUAUAAAAAUUGAUAAUGAUAAAAUUCAAGUAUUACAUGGAAAAUAUAAUUUAGAUACUCAAAAUCUAACAGAUAAAAUUGCAGUUUACAAUGUUAUGUUUUGGAAAAUGGUUUUAAAUUUUCGUUUUAAGCAAGAUAAUAAUAUGGUUGAUGCUAUUUCAACAAAAAUAUAUCAACAAGUUUAUGAUGAUGAUAAAAGAAAGACUGCAGAAAAUAUAGCAGAAAGAUAUUGUUAG